AUGACCGUCCGAAUAGCUUUGCAUCAAAUUACAUCAUGCACAGCUUUAGUUUUCCUACUCGCUCUCUUGAUUAAAAUCAAAUCAUCAGCAACAUCAAAUGUGAUAUUGUCACAGUAUCAAUUACAAAAGAAUGAUUCGUAUUUUACACAUUUGGUGUACGACAAAAAGCGCUCGUGCUUGUUUGCUGGCGCAACAAAUCGGAUUAUUCAGCUCAACAAGAAUCUUACAGUAAUUAAUACGAGUACGACAGGGCCGAAGCAAGACAGUCCGGUUUGUCAUGCAGGUGGUUGUCCUGAUGACGUUGAGACUGUCGAAACAAAUGAUUUCAAUAAGAUUUUAAUCUUAAACACUUUCGGUGAUACUUUGAUAUCAUGCGGUAGUCUUCAUCAAGGUGCAUGCGAAAUUUACGAUAAUCUCAAUAAUUUUCCCAAAUCCUCCAAAUACAUUGAACUUCCAUUGGUCGCAAAUGACGAGAAUUCAAGCAGUUAUGCAUUCAUCGGUCCAUCACGUUAUACAGCAUGGCAACGUGAAGACAUUUUAUAUGUUGGCACAACAUUCACAAAUGUCGGAGAUUAUCGUGACAAUGUUCCAGCGAUUGCAUCACGUAAAUUGGAUGAUUUAAAUUAUGCUGAAUUUUCAAUUCAACAAUCAAAUAUUAACAUCGAUGUGAAGUAUCGUGAUCACUUCCUUGUCAACUACGUUUAUGGAUUCAACAGCACUGAUUAUGCAUAUUUUGUGUUAGUACAGAAGAAGAAUCAUCUGGUGGAAGAAGCUGGUUUUCAUACGAGAUUAGCAAGAAUUUGUGUCACCGAUCCGAACUACGAUAGUUACACGGAAAUGACUUUGUCGUGUAUGGUGAAAAAUCAAGAUUAUAACAUUCUAAGAGAUGCUAAAAUAACCGAAGCUGGUUCAAGACUUGGACAACAACUUGGAAUUAGAAAGGAAGACCAAGUGCUGAUUACAGUUUUUUCACCAAGCAAAGAAAUUUCUUCCGAGACACAAAAUGCUUCAGCAAUUUGUUUAUACACUUUGAAAGACAUCGAAGAAAUGUUUAAUGAGAAUAUUCAUUUGUGCUUUAAUGGAACGAUUAAGGAUCGAAAUUUGGAAUACAUUAGCGGAUCGAUUCUUGAUGGAAAAUGUCCGUUUGGAUCGAUUGGAAAUAUUCAUGACUUUUGUCAUGCGGGACUUAAAAUUUCUGGUGUUGCUCCAAUUGUUUCAAAAGCGAUUUUCAAUUUUGAAAGUGAGUCGGUCACUUCGAUAACAACAGCAAUGACGGGUCCACAUAAUGUCGCUUUUCUUGGAACAUCGGAAGGAAAUAUUAAGAAAGUUGUGAUCUCAGAUCCAUCAGCUGGUGAAUAUGAUCGAGUUGAAGUUGAUGCUGACAAUUCCAUACUUCCUGACACAAUGGUUUCGCCCGAUCAAGAUUUUCUUUAUGUUUUAUCGCGACAAAAAAUCACAAAAAUGAAAAUUGAAAAUUGCGCUUCACAUACAACAUGCUCAAGUUGUCUUGAAUCGAAGGAUCCGUUUUGUGGAUGGUGUUCAUUGGAGAAACGAUGCACAGUUCGAAAUGCAUGUCAACGUGACACAAGCGCAUCACGUUGGCUCUCAAUUGGUAUUGGACAACAAUGCAUUGACUUUGAAACUGUUAUUCCCGAUCGAAUUCAAAUCAAUCAAAUGUCAUCCGUCAAUCUUGUGAUAAAAACUCUUCCCGAAUUACCAUCGAAUGCAAAGUAUAAAUGUGUUUAUGGUAAUUCAACGCCACCAAUUGAUGCAACAGUCACUGAUAAUGGAUUAAUAUGCCAGACCCCGCCGCUUAAAUAUCGUCCAAAUAUUGAACCAGGAAAGGAUCACAUUCUUGUGCCAUUGUCAGUUCGUUCAAGUGAAACAAACAAGGAUUUUGUUUCAAGAAAUUUUGCUUUCUUUGACUGUUCCGUGCACGAUUCGUGCUUUAAGUGUCUGAAAUCCCAAUGGAGUUGUAAUUGGUGCAUUUAUGAUAAUAAAUGUGUCGUUCAAAACACCACAUGUCGUAAUACUGGCAACAUCAUUAAUGCUGAAAAUCAAUGUCCUCGCAUAAAACCACCGAAAAAUGAAAUUCUAUUGCCGAACAAAGUGCCAAAGGAAAUUAAACUGGAAAUAAUCAACUUACCACGCCCGCAAAGUGCCCACUCAGGAUUCUUGUGCAUCGUCAAUAUUGAAGGUGCUCAUAUGAUUCUACCAGCACGUAUUGAAGCAAAUAAGUUUAUCGUUUGCGAUAAAACACCGUAUUCUUACGAAGCCAACACAAACGAAUACAAGGCGAAAGUUGAUGUGACAUGGAACCGAAAUCAUUACAUCGACACCAUCAGUAUAACACUCUACAAAUGUGAUGUUCUUGGAUCUCAUAAGGAGCAUGCUGAUUGUAGUUUAUGUGUGACACGUGAUCCAAAAUAUCAGUGUUCAUGGUGUGAUAAACAAUGCGUGUUUAACGAUACAUGUAUCCAGGGAAGUGCUUCUGAAUGUCCAAGACCGAAAAUAUUCUCAAUUAAACCAUUAAGUGGACCAAUUGAAGGUGGAACUUUGGUGACGAUUGAGGGAAGUAAUUUGGGAAUUCGUGAAGAAGAUGUGAGAGGAAAGAUAAAAAUUGGAAACGUUCCAUGUGAGUUAGUUAACUAUGAGAUUUCCGUGAAGAUUGAAUGUCGUACUGGAGCCGUUGAUAAAGAGGCAACAGCGACAGUGAAAGUUGGCAACGAUGCAGGCGUCACUGAAUCAACAAACAUUUACUUCCAAUAUAAAGACUUUCGUGUUGAUAAAAUUCUUCCAACUGUUGGGCCACAAUCAGGCGGCACAAACAUCUCAAUUUAUGGUCGUCACUUGAACAUUGGCUCAAGUGUCAUCGCAUAUCUUGACGAUUACAUUUGUCAUAUUAACAUGUCACUGGCGACAAAUGAUCAUCUCAAUUGCAUAACAACAGCAUCACGUUCUGUUGAACAUAUUCGUACAUUGACAUUGAUUGUUGACUUGGCAAAUCGAACACUUCAAUGUAAGACAACAAAAUAUCACAAUUCGAAUGAAAUUUCUUCGUCAAAUUAUGGAAGUCGUCGGGGAAGUGUUUGUAGUAUUUUUAACUACACAAUGGAUCCAAAAAUCAUGCAAAUCAAACCUUUGAAGAGUUUUAAAAGUGGUGGACGAAUGAUAACAGUUCAUGGUACGAAUCUUCAUACAAUUCAAAAGCCACAAAUGGAAGUGAUUUUCGGUGAAGAAAUUAUUAAUCGAACUGACUGCACGGUCAUCAAUUCAAAUCAAAUGGAAUGUCCAUCGCCAUCCGUUCAGGAGAAAUUCAAAUCAUAUUUCUUAUCAACAAAGAAAAUAAUGAAACGAAAUGUGAUGAUAAGUAAGGAAGAUGACGAGAUUGUCAUUCCAACAUCAGCCUACAUGGCAUCGUCAUCAGCUUCAUCAUCAUACGCUGCAAUUCAUGAAACACAAUUAAACUUUCAAAUCAGUUUCAUAAUGGAUAAUGUGAAGUCAGUGAGAGAUUUGAACAAACAUUUCCAACAUAUUCGAAGUAAUUUAAUUUAUGUUGACGAUCCAAUCUUCUUUCCAUUUCAAAACUCGAUAAAACUUUAUAAAGGCGACACUUUAGUAAUUGAAGGUGAGAAUUUGAAUCUUGCAUGUGAUGAAAGUGACGUUAUUGUGACAGUUGGCAAACUCAAAUGUAAUGUCACAAGUUUAGCUUUGACGCAGUUAGUUUGCAUUCCACCUGAACAACAACCAGAAUCAACAGAUGAAAAUGGUUUUGAGAAUGACAUUGACUUGCCUUUAGUGGUGAUUCGUGUCGGUCAAAGACUUCGAUUUCCAUUAGGAUACUUGAAAUAUGAAUUAUUAAAGCCGUAUGCAUUUUCACAAGCAAUGAUUGUGAUUGCAGCAUCGACAUUUGUCUUGGCGAUUGUUCUCGUCUUUAUUCUUGUGAUUUAUCGUCGAAAGACGACACAAGCUGAACGUGAAUAUAAAAAGAUUCAAAUACAAAUGGACACACUUGAAAGCAAUGUUCGAUUAGAGUGCAAACAAGCAUUUGCUGAACUUCAAACUGAUAUCUUAGAUUUAACAGCUGAUCUUGAAAAUGCAGGCAUUCCAACAUUAGACCAUGUCAAUUACAUUAUGAAAGUUUUCUUCCCUGGAGUUUCCGAUCAUCCAAUUCUUAAUGGACAUAAAGGACGAAUCAACAUGCUACGAACUAAUUACGAUGCUGCGAUGCUUCAAUUCGAACAACUAAUUAACAAUAAAUUCUUUUUAUUGACAUUCAUUGAGACAUUGGAAGCUCAACGAACGUUUAAUAUUCGCGAUAAAGUCAACGUGGCGUCACUGUUGAUGAUUGUGUUGAUGAAUAAAAUGGAAUAUGCGACAGAUAUUCUUAAAUGGUUACUCCUUCGUCUCGUUGAUAAAUCUGUGAUGACGAAACAUCCUCACCUUAUGUUACGACGUACGGAAAGUGUCGUUGAAAAAAUGUUAACGAAUUACAUGGCGAUUUGUAUGUACAAUUAUCUUCGUGAAUAUAGCGGCUCGUCGCUCUUCCUUUUAUACAAAGCGAUUAAGCAUCAAGUUGAGAAAGGCUUGGUUGAUGCCAUUACACAUGAUGCGAGGUAUUCGCUGUCUGAAGAUCGUUUACUUCGUGAACAGGUCGACACGAACAAUGUGACGCUUCACAUUCUGCAAGAUGAUCUUGAAGAUAAAGUUCAAUGCAAAGUUCUUGAUCAAGAUACAAUUACACAAGUUAAAUCGAAGAUUCUUGAUGCACUUUUUAAGAAUACUCCAUUUUCAAUGCGACCAUCAGUGCAUGAUGUUGAUUUGGAAUGGCGUCAUGGACGUGGAGGACAUUUGACACUUCAAGAUGAAGAUUUAACAACGAAAACGUUGAAUGGAUGGAAACGUGUAAAUACAUUGGCUCAUUAUGGUGUGAAAGAGUCGGCUGUGAUGUCGCUAAUUGCACGUCAACAUGAUUCAUUUAACAAUAUUAAUUAUAGUAGUAAUAAAAAUAUGUAUCCGAAUUGCUAUUACAUCAAUAAUACUCAAUCGCAUGUUCUUAUAAAUGGUGUACUCGAUACGACUGGAAUGCAUCAUCAUCAUCAUCCGCAACUUAUAAAUCAACAACAGACAUUGACGCAGGGAAGUCAUAAUAAGCAACAAUAUUGUAGAGUUUAUCAUUUAGUAAAGUCGAAUAUGGAUGAACAUUACUUUGGUACAUUCACUGGAAAAAAUCAACAACAUCAUCCAUUCCUUCCACCAUCAAAUGCCAUGACAGUUGAACGAACACAUAAAGCCAUUCCAGAAAUUUAUUUAACACGACUGCUGGCAACAAAAGGAACUGUACAGAAGUUUGUUGAUGAUUUCUUCAUGACGAUUUUAACAGUUAAUGAGAAAUUGCCGCCUGCUGUCAAAUGGCUUUAUGAUCUUCUUGAUGAUGCUGCAAGACGACAUCCAGAGACAAAUGAUCCGAAAAUUAUUCAUGCAUGGAAGUCAAAUAGUUUACCUUUGAGAUUUUGGGUGAAUUUUAUUAAGAAUCCCGAUUUCAUUUUUGACAUCAAUAAGACAGUAACCGUGGAUGCGUGCCUAAGUGUCGUUGCUCAAACGUUUAUGGACGCAUGUUCAACAAACGAGCAUCGACUUGGAAAAGAUUCGCCAUCGAAUAAAUUGUUAUUUGCCAAGGAUUUACCCCAGUAUCGUGAUAUGGUAUCACAAUUUUAUGCUGAUAUAGCUCGUUUACCUCAAAUUAGUGAUCAAGAAAUGGGCACGUCCAUGCAACAACUUUCAAUACAACAGAAUGAUGAGUUCGAUACGAUUGCGGCUUUAAAAGAACUUUACAUUUAUGUGACAACGUACAAGGAACAAAUUAUUGAAUCUCUAGAAAUGGAUGUUAACUGCAAGAAACUUCAUCUAGCGAACAAGCUCGAAAAUGUCGGGAUAACGCUUGAUGGCGACGAUUGCUGACAAAUAAAUGACUCAAUUCAUGAUUUUAAUCUAUACGACUGUAAAUAAUUGAGAUUUUAAUGAUGAUAAAGAUAAACCUUAAUUUUAUUUGAUGAUAUGAAUAAGAUAAGUAAUGAAUUAACAAACUUUUUAAAGAAAAACAAUUUUUAACGUUUAAGUCAUGAACGAGAUUAAAAGAAAACUUUUUCCUCUUAAAUGAUGAUGAUGAUGAUUGAUAAAAAGAAAUUUAAAUCAAAUAAGAAAGAGAAAAAGUAAGUUUUAUAAAUUUUAAACGAUACUUUAUUGAAGAAUCAUUUUAAAUUUGAUGAUGAAAGUGAUUAGAGAAUUUUAUGCCAGCGCUUUUAAAUGAAAAAAAAGGAAACAAAUUUUUUUAAUUCCUUUAAAUUCUUUCCAAUUGUGCAAGAAAGUUUAGAAGUUUAGUAUGGAAAACAUGGAAAAUACUCUCAUUUCUUAUAAUAAUUAAAUAAGCCGAUGAUGAACCCCACGAUCACGUGUGAAAAUUAAGUUCUUAGAUUACUCGAAACAAUGAAUUAAGAAACAUGACAAAUUUAGUUUUUCUUUUCCGUUCAUGGCCAAUACUUAAAAGUUAAGAGAGUGAAGCAUUUAUUUAGAACUGGUGUGAACAAAAAAUAUUUUUACUUCUCAUUGUAAUGAAUUUCAUAGCCACAAUAUGCAUUUGAAAUGUAUGAUCUAAUCAUAAAAGCCGCCGAUAUUUGAGUUUGACUUUUAUUCCUCUAAUACUUAUUUAGUAGCAUUGAUGACAAGAUUUUCCUUUACAUUUUAAACUCAAAAUACUUGCAAUAGAAAUACUAUUAUGAGUUUGAAAAUUUUAGCUUGUGAUAAACUUUUAAGGUAUUAAUUAAUUAAUUAUCUACUAUCUACUAUUAUAUUUUUUACAAAACAUGAAAGAAAACAAAAAAGGUUUUAAGAAGAAAUAAAAAUUUGAUGAAUGUCAGCUAAUUAAAAUAGAAAAUAUCUUUUUUAUUCUUAGUUACCUAUUUAUGCAUUAUUUCAUCUUGUGGUUGUGUUGUUGUUCUUUCUGUAUGUCAACGACGACG